UACUCAUCCAAUCAUACAUCCAACCUAUCACCAUUAACACCGUCAUCAAUUCAUCACCUUUCUCACCAUCUCCAAUUUCCAUACCUUCCAAUCUCAGUCUCUCCUCUCCAAUGGAGAUCGACCCACUUCCCAACGGCAACACCGGAACAACCUCCAUCGGAUCAUCCACCGACACCACCCUCUCUUCCACCGUAUCAACUCCGGCAACCUCGGAAACUCCGGCAUCCAAGUUGAGUCACUUGUCGGAUUCACUCAAACUAGAACAUCAAUUUCUACGAGUACCCUUUGAACACUACAAGAAGACCAUUCGUGCUAAUCAUCGUGCCGUUGAGAAAGAAGUUUCCGCCGUCAUUUCCGCCGUUGAUUCUUCCUCUUCUGAUUUGUCUCGGGACGACGCCGUUUCUCAUCUUUCUUCUCUUGUUUCUCGUCUUCAAGGUCUCAAGAGAAAGCUAGAGGAAGAAAGCCGAGUAGAGAACUUGCAAGCACAACGAUGUCGAACUCGACUAGACCAUUUGGAAUCUGCAGAUGCAGAUAAUUUAACUGAAUGGAGCAACACACGUUUGAAACGGAUUCUUGUGGACUAUAUGCUUCGUAUGUCGUAUUAUGAGAGUGCUGCAAAGUUGGCUGAAACUAGCAAUAUACAGGAUCUUGUUGAUAUUGAUGUAUUUCAUGAAGCUAGACGGGUUAUUGAAGCUCUUCAAAACAAAGAGGUAGCUCCUGCAUUAGCCUGGUGUGCUGACAACAAGUCUAGGCUGAAGAAGUCAAAGAGCAAAUUUGAGUUUCAGCUAAGACUUCAAGAGUUCAUAGAAUUGGUUAGAGCUGAUAACAAUAUGCGUGCAAUUAGAUACGCCCAAAAAUAUCUAGCACCAUGGGGAGCAACACAUAUGAAAGAGUUGCAGAGAGUUCUCGCGACACUUGCUUUUAAGAGCAGUACAGAGUGUGCUACCUACAAGGUCCUUUUUGAACCCAAGCAAUGGGACCACCUGGUGGACCUUUUCAAGCAGGAAUUCUACAGAUUGUAUGGCAUGACCCUUGAACCAUUGUUAAAUAUCUAUUUGCAGGCUGGCUUAUCUGCUUUGAAAACUCCAUUUUGCUAUGAAGAUGACUGUCCGAAAGAUGAUCCAUUGUCUCAGGAAAGUUUCCGUAAAUUGGCAGUAUCACUUCCAUUCUCGAAGCAGCAACACUCAAAAAUUGUCUGCUACAUAACAAAAGAAUUGAUGGAUACUGAAAAUCCACCUAUGGUCUUACCAAAUGGCUAUGUCUACAGCACUAAGGCUCUCGAGGAUAUGGCUCGUAGGAAUAAUGGUAAAAUUACUUGCCCAAGGACAGGUGUGGUCUGCAACUAUUCUGAUCUUGCUAAGGCAUUCAUCUCAUAGAAUCAUACCUUGAACAACUAUGUAAAAAGACUGUCAACAAGAAUAGAUUUUUCUUUUUCUUUUUUUUUUUUUUUUUUGGCUGUCACCCGUUGGAGGAUUGGCAGCUAACCACAUGUACAUAUCAAAAGGGCAAUUUGAACAAUUUGUUAUUUUCUUUGCUGAUGCUGCUAUUCUUGUUUAUCAGUAUGUGAAUGUUUAUAUAAGCAGUAGAUUACUGCGUGGCUAUAAAAUUGAGUUUUCAGCUGCCUCAAAGAUUAUCAAGCAGUUGAGUCGUGA